AUGGCCGCUUUGGAGUGCGCUAGACUCGAGGAUGGCGUCUUGCCAACCACUCUCGACAAGCUCACCAUUCGACAAGAAGACGACGGCAACUUCACAUUGACUGCAUUACCCGAGACCGGCUCCGUCACUGCAAUCGUUGAAUCUGUCCUCGGCCACUCCGUCCAGCUGCACCGUCUUCAAGCAUCCGGGGCAGAAGGCCAAUCCGGCUGUUCCAUAUAUUUCGUUCGCGACAGUACCCACCCAGAAAAAACUGUCGCCGUCACGAAGGUAUAUCCACCAGCAUGUCAUAAAGACUUUUUCGAAGAACUCGUUGCAUACCGGAGGUUGCUCUCUCUUUCUGAUCCACCGUCUGCUGCUCGGCCGCUUGGAGUUGGAAGGACGCGCGAUGAGGACACCGCAGAGCUUAUGGGAGUGAUUGUCUACCAGCUCGCACCAGGUAAGGCAAUCAACACAAUCAUCCGUGACAUCGGUCGGGUCUCCACGCUCCGACUGAUCGCAAAGCAACCUUGUCCCGACGAAACAAAAGAAACGAUGAAUGAUAUUAUUCGCGGCGCACUCCAUGGCAUCUCAGUCUCUCAUGAAUCACAUCAAACCCAAUCAUCUAAUAUCACAACCGCUGAGCUUUUGGACUGUCAAUUCAACGGACUGAUGGCCGACUUGAUUUCCGCCGUUAAAGGAGUAGCAUCAACACUGGCCAAGCUGCACCAGGAAAAAUCAGAAUGGAGCAGCGUCAGCGAGUCUGUUGUCGACAGGCUCCGCAACAAGCUACAAGGCUGGGUCCAAGAGAUCCAGGGCCCAUCGCGAGCGCAGUAUGAACGCGCUAUCGGAUCCGAUCAAAUACAGCAACUCGCCUCAUUGGUCGACCGGGCAAUUGAUUAUUCGCGGGAAGAAGGUGUAGCGUCACUACUGCAUGGUGAUGCCUCGCCGGGAAAUUUCUUCUGGGACCCUAUUCAAGGAAUCACCAUGAUCGACUACGGAGGACUGACUCGUUCAAUGGAUGCGAGCGGCCGACCUAUUGGGCCGGCAGAAAUGGAUGCGGCUGGGUUUCACGAGCGACUGCGAAAGUAUGCCGGGGAUUUCGGAAUGAGUGAAACUGAUAUUGGCCAGGUUCAGGGUGAGUUCUGGAAAUCAUACCAGGCGCAGGGUAUACCAAUCAACGAAGGGCUUGCCCGGUUGUUCAAAACACGUACCCAAUUGUCUCGACUAUGGUCUGCCGUGGACAAGCAAGAUACAUCGCGUGAUGAACAUAAGGCUGUCCAGCUCAGCGAAAAGGUUAAAUUUGAAUGGGAACGCCUUGUUAAUAUCUCACCCGAAAGGGUCCAACCCUGGAGAGUGCUCGUCGUUGCCAAUGCCAGCGGGCCUGGUAAAGGAGGUCUGCCUCUGUUGAAUCAAGAACUAGUCAAAGCCAUGUCGGAAAUCCCCAAUGCAUCAGUUACUCUGUUCAUGGUAGAGCCUGAGAAUGAAGUCAAACACAAAUUGACAUCGUUGGGACAUGGCCGGGCUAAAGUGGUCUGCAUUCCCUCUAGAGGAGACGACCCAAGUGCCUUGCUCUACCACGUGGCGAAGGUACACCAGCCAGGAGAUUAUGAUCUGCCAAUUCUAGACGACCAGCAUCCAUGCCCAUUCAAUCUCAUCAUUGGCCACUCGCGAUACUCCAGCACCGCAGCGUCCUUGAUCCGCGAGAGAUGGUAUCCUACAGCCAAGCUCGCGCUCAUCACACAUACCAGUGCCCUACGCAAGUCCGACGUGGCGUGGAAGUGGUACGGACAGACACGUGAGUUAGGCUAUGUUGAAGCCGCUCGGCUGGCAAUGCUCGAUGAGAGGAUUCUCCCUAAAGCAGAUUUGGCCGUUGGGGUCGGGCCUGUACUCACAACCGAGGCACGCGAGCGCGAGUGGAUGGGCCAAUGCAAUCGCCCACGAUCAAACAUGAUGGGACCUCGCUUCCAUGAAUUGGUUCCAGGCGUGCGCACCGGUGACGCUUGCACGCAACAGAGACAACCGAACGACCUACUUCGGGUCCUCCUCGCUGGUCGAGCAGACGAUCCCGCCAAAGGUUUAGAUGAUGCUGUAUACGCUGUGCGCAAGAUCGCACUCUCCGGCAACGAUAUCUCCCUGGAUGUACUAGGACUCCCGGCAGAAGACGUGGAGCGCUGGCAACAGGUCGUCGAUGAGAUGACAGGCAUGCCAGACCUCGUCAGGUUGCACCCUUUCUCUGAUGACCCUAACGCGGUAUCGCGGUUCUACUGCAACGCGGACCUGGUCAUAAUGCCCUCAAUGCACGAGGGAUUCGGGAUGAUCUUCACCGAAGUCGCCGGGUUGGGUGUUCCAAUCCUAGUGACCCAGGAAAGCGGUGCGGGCCAGUUUGCGCUUGAUCGCAGUCGCAUUCCGCCAGAUCUUGGUCAGGCCUGUGUGGUGAUGGAUGAGAGCACAUAUGGAAUUGUCCCUUCAGCGACAAGCCAGCGCGUAGCCGUCUGGGCUCAUCGGAUCGACCAGGUGAGAUGUUACCCAGAGCAAACGAGACGGCAUGCUCGUUCUCUACAGCGGAUCAUGCGAGGCUAUUCGUGGAAACAUGCCGCUAAGGCGCUGCUUCGCUCCGCGAUGGAGGGCGAGGGAGAUACAGUACAGAUGGCUCAUGGUAGUAUUGCACCGGCAUAUUCAUCAUGGCCUCGUCCAUCACUUGGGAUGAGCGUUGUGUCGUCAAUGCGUCGAGCCGCACGAACGCGAAACCGCAGUGGAAACCCGACCUUGAAGCAGGCCGACGAAGUCAUGCAAAAUCUUCCAGAGAUAGCCCCGACUAUUUCGGCGCUAGAAGAGCAUGUCUCUGCAGCUGUGGGCUGCCCUGUCAAUUUGCGAAGUUUGGAUCCUACUCACCCAGGUGGCUUUUCUGGUGCUAUCAUCUUCUUUGCUUAUGCCAACGAUGAAUUUUCCAACGGAGAGAUAUCACUGACAUCAAAUGACCCCAAAGGCCGCGUGAUUGCUGUAAUUAAACUGUUCGUCCACGGCUUGGACAACGGUAUCACGGAGGAGUUGUCAAGUCUUGAAUGGCUUCUUUUACAGACCAAGGGUGACAUCAAAACUGCCGCCCCGUUGGCUGUCGGGCGGAUAAUGUGGGAAACCAAACCAGCCGGUGUGGUCACGUAUCAAGUUGCCCCCGGAGUAUCCCUUUAUCAGCUCAUGAUGCAGCUGGGCCGCCUCCCGCCGGGACCUGCGAGAAGAGAUAUGCUAUCCGUCUUCAUCGCUGGCGUGCAGGCAGUCGCACGUACCUUGGCCAGGUUACACACUCACAGUGUUGAAGGACGACCAGGCACAGAGUAUCUUGAGUGGUAUUUUAACGCGGCGACGAAACGAGUCCAGCAGGCAUUGCUGCACAAAGACAUUAUUCGCGCCGCGGGACUCGAAGUGGACCAGCUCCCCGAGAAAAUGAAUCAACUCAUCGCCGACUGCAAGCGGGAUAUUGCUAGUCGUCCGCGCACCACUGUCGUGCACGGGGAUGCCCAUCCUGGAAAUUUCUUCUAUGACCGCGCGACGGGGCAUGUCACGAUGAUCGACACGACAACGCUACACUGUUCUCUGGACGAGAACGGUGAGCCGGUUGGGGUACCGGAACGAGAUCUCGGCCACUUUAUGCAUAUGCUGCGACGAACGGGCGAACAGUACGGCCUUACGCGACAGGAGAUGCAGGAGAGCACAAAGGAUUUUGUGGAGGCGUAUCUUGGAAAUGCAGCGGCGCCAACAAACGUCCAAAUCCUUCGGUUCAUGAUGUCAUGUUCGGCUCUGUCAUUCUUAAAUUAUGCGGCGCAGUCAGAUCAGACAAAAGUAGAACUGCAGGUUAAAAUUUUGCAGGAUUUAUUUCGCCUUGGGGAGGGUUGGACACAAUUGGAUGGAAUGAGAGGUUUAUAA